UAACCCAACACGGACAUGAGUCAAAACACCAGUUGAUAGCUUCAGCUCCUGAAAUAAUUUUUCAACUGGUGUAAACACAUGUUUUGCAGUGGUGAUGAAUAUGCCACAAAAUGUUUUGUUUGUUAUUGUAAAGAAAACAUUAUUUUGCAAAAUUGGGGCGAGUUAGCGAACUAGUCGGUGGGAGAGCCAUUCAUUACAGCAAGCAAGCUCUAGCUAGCUAACGUUAUCUAUCAGUGUAGCUAGUGCAAGAGUCAGAGGAUUAAUUCAAACGCUGUGGUCAAGAAAACGUGUAUCCUUUCAUAUCAUAGCAGUCAGCUAGCAAGCCAGCCAGUCAGCAAAAUGAGGAUACGGUCGUCUGUUUUUGCCUGUUUUUGUCUCAUACUGGAGGUAUUAGGCAUUGCCUUGUUUCUUAGGGGAUUUUUCCCAGUCCCUAUCAAAUCUUCUUUUUCAUCGAAGAGCAAGUUGUCAGAUGUUCCGCCUGAACCCUUUACCGGGAGAUCCCUCAACUCUUCCAAAGUCCCGGACGCCCUUUUCAAGAGAGUAGUGAUAGUGUUGAUCGAUGCUCUCAGGGAGGACUUUGUGUUUGGUCCAAAUGGGAGAAAAUACAUGCCUUACAUCAGGCACUUGGUGGAGAGGGGCUCCACACACAGCUUUGUGGCAAAGGCAAGACCUCCUACAGUUACAAUGCCCAGAAUCAAGGCCCUGACCACAGGUAGUAUCCCGGGCUUCAUCGACGUGGUGAUGAACCUGAACUCCCCAGCGCUGCUGGAGGACAACCUCAUCUGGCAGGCCAAGGCAGCGGGCAAGCGGAUGGUGUUCUACGGGGACGACACCUGGGUGAAGCUCUUCCCCAAGCACUUCAUGGAGUACGAUGGCACGACCUCUUUCUUCGUGUCCGACUACACCGAGGUUGACAACAAUGUGACGCGUCACCUGGAUAGCACGCUGAAGAGAGACGACUGGGACAUUCUGAUCUUGCACUACCUAGGCCUGGACCACAUCGGCCACAUCAGUGGACCACACAGCUCCCUCAUCCAGCCCAAACUAAUGGAGAUGGACGACAUCCUCAAGAAGAUUCAUGGCUCCCUCAUCUUAAAGGAGGCAGAGGGGGCGCUGCCCUACCUGCUGGUGCUGUGUGGGGACCACGGGAUGUCCGAGACGGGCAGCCACGGGGGCUCGUCUGAGCAUGAGGUCAACACCCCCCUGGUGCUCAUCAGCCCCACCUUCAAGAAGAAAGUAGGGAUGGAGAAACCGUCAACAGUAGAGCAGGUGGACCUGACCCCGACACUGGCUCUUGGUCUGGGCCUGCCCAUCUCCCAGAACAGCGUGGGCCGACUCAUCCAGCCCGUGGUUGAGGAGGCCUCGCUCAGGGACCAGCUGCGCUUCCUGCACCUCAACGGUCACCAGCUGAGCUACCUGCUGAAGGACAGCAUGCCAGCCUAUGAGAAAGAGGAGGGUUAUGAGCAGUUCCGUGUGGCAGAGAAGUCCCAUGGUAACUGGGUGAAGCUGGUGGUGGAGGGCAACACGUCAGAGGUGCUGACCAACAUGGGGAAGAAGGUGUUCAAGCAGUACCUGGAGGCCCUCAGGGCCAUGAGCGAAGCCCUCAGCAAGCAGCUGGGCAAAUAUGACAUGUAUUCCAUGGUGGUGGGCAUGGUCCUCGUCUUCCAGCUCCUUCUCCUCCUGCUGCUGGCCAUGCCCGAGGCACUGAGCAGUGCCUCAGAGGUGGAUCUCCCUGUGUCCUCUGCUCUGCUCUCGCUGCCCUUCUACCUGCUGUGCCUGCUCCUCUCCUCCGUGCACGUGCUGGUGUGCACGUCGACCGAGAGCUCCUGUUACUUCUGCAGCCUCUCCUGGGGACUGGUGUUCGGGGCAGUGGCCCUCUCCUCAGCCCUGCUCUGCAUCCUGGUAUCCAUGGCAGCCAGGAGGGGAGCAAAGCCCCCUGGGAAGUCUCCAUCCCAUGGUGGUGUCAGUGCUGGGUGGUCUCUGUCAGAGCUGGACAUUCUGCUCCUGGCGGGCACGGCUGGCCACACCCUCAGCCUGUCGGCCAGCAGCUUCGUGGAGGAGGAGCACCAGGUCUGGUACUUCCUGCUUAACACCCUCUGCCUGGUCGUCUUCCAAGACGUCUGUCGCAAGUACUUCCGGGAGCGCCGUGCCAACAUUGGGAGCUUGGAGGACGAAGACUACCUCCUCCCCUCCAAUGAGGGGGACGCGGUUGCCUCACCGUUAGCUGAUCUGGGGGUGACGGAUGCAGGUUCGGAGAAGUGGCUGGCCCUCGCGACCCCACCUCUCACCCUGGCGUGUUGUCGUCUGCUGCGCUCGCUCAACCAGACCGGGGUGCAGUGGGCUUACCUGCCUGACCUGGGACACUGGCUCAACAGCUUGGAACACAAGAUGGUGCUGUCCUUGUUCGCCGCCUUGUCAUUGGCUCUGAUCUACUUCCUGGUCCAGCGGAGAUGUUCCUGGGUGUCCAAGAUUGCCCUGGCCCUUGGCCUUCUGGGUGUCUACAGCUACCGGGCGGCGGUGGGCAACGUUGUGUUUCCGUGGCAACAUGGCGGUGGUAACAUGUCCAAGGGGACCGUGGAGGCACGCUUUGUGUAUGUCUUCGUCCUGGGCAUCCUCUUCACGGGCUCCAAGGACCUGUUGCGGUCCCAGGUCAUCACAGCCGAUGCCCGGCUGAAGAGCAGGGGCUUAUGGGAAAUCUACAGUGGUGUGGUUCUGUUGGUGGCCCUGUUGUUCCGAGCCCACAACCUGCCGGUGCUGUGCUGCUGCUUGCUGGUCCAGACUUUGAUGGCCCAGUUCAUCUGGAAGAAGCUCCACUACGACGCUGCCCAGACUACCAUCAUGCACUACUGGUUUGGACAGGCCUUCUUCUACUUCCAGGGGAACUCCAACAGCAUUGCCACGGUUGACAUCUCAGUGGGCUUCGUGGGACUAGAGAGCUACGUAGAGGCCCCGGCUUUCUUCCUCACCGCCCUCAGCACGUAUGCCGGGCCCCUGCUCUGGGCUGCCCACCUGGUUUGCUACCUCAGCUCAGAGAAGAGGAGCUCAGUGUCGGUCGGCCAUGGAUGCUACUGCUUGGCCCUUUUGCGGUCCGUGCCGGCGGCGGCCUACGUGGUGUUGGUCACAGCCCUGCGCUACCACCUCUUCAUCUGGAGCGUCUUCUCACCCAAGCUGCUGUAUGAGUCCAUGCACACACUGCUCACCGCUGCAAUUUGCCUCUUCUUCACCACCAUGGAGCAGAGCCGCAGCUCCAGCAGGCCCUAGGGAGCCCACCGCUCAGAGGGCUCUCAACUUUCAGGAAGGGGUUAAGGAGAAGGGCCAAAGGGAAAAGACUCAUGGGUAAUGGUGGUCCUGAUACUGUCCUAGUUGACUUCUCGAUACCCCACUCCUACACUCUGAAGGAGAAGGUGUGAAUGUACCUGCACUGGACUUCUAGGACUGCAGCAUUCAUUUGGGUGGCAGGUAGCCUAGUGGUUAAGAGCGUUGGACAAGUAACCGAAAGGUUGCUGGUUUGAAUCCCUGAGCAGACUAGGUGAAAAAUAUGUCGAUGUACCCUUGAGCAAGGCACUUAACCCUAAUUGCUCCUGUAAGUGGCUCUGGAUAAGAGUGUCUGCUAAAUGAAAACAAAAAUGUUAAAAUUCACCUUUUGGUACGCAAUAUCUUUUCUCAGAUGGAACUUUGUCUCUUGUAUGCACAACUUUUUUAGUAAGAUUUAGAUGUUUUAAGGUGGUGGGUUCUACUGAAGUCUGUUCAUGUAUUUAUUGAGCAGGGCUAUAAAUGAGUAAUGGAGUAAAUGUUAUGAAUUAUUUAAUUUGAAUGUGUCAAAGCACAAUCACUUGACAUUGGAUUUGUAUUCCUUCCUUUUGUUGUGUUAUUGUUUGUUUUGUUUCUGUAGAGUAGUAAGUUCUUCUAUUGACCACCGGCUCUGUAGUGCUCUAUCCCAGUAGAGUAGUAAGUUCUUCUAUUGACCACUGGCUCUGUGGUGCUCUAUCCCAGUAGAGUAGUAAGUUCUUCUAUUGACCACUGGCUCUGUGGUGCUCUAUCCCAGUAGAGUAGUAAGUUCUUCUAUUGACCACAGGCUCUGUAGUGCUCUAUCCCAGUAGAGUAGUAAGUUAUUCUAUUGACCACAGGCUCUGUAGUGCUCUAUCCCAGUAGAGUAAUACAUUCUUCUAUUGACCACCAGCUCUGUAGUGCUCUAUCCCAGUAGAGUAGUAAGUUCUUCUAUUGACCACCGGCUCUGUAGUGCUCUAUCCCAGUAGAGUAGUAAGUUAUUCUAUUGACCACUGGCUCUGUAGUGCUCUAUCCCAGUAGAGUAGUAAGUUAUUCUAUUGACCACAGGCUCUGUAGUGCUCUAUCCCAGUAGAGUACUAAGUUCUUCUAUUGACCACGGGCUCUGUAGUGCUCUAUCCCAGUAGAGUAAUACAUUCUUCUAUUGACCACCAGCUCUGUAGUGCUCUAUCCCAGUAGAGUAGUAAGUUCUUCUAUUGACCACUGGCUCUGUAGUGCUCUAUCCCAGUAGAGUAGUAAGUUCUUCUAUUGACCAUCGGCUCUGUAGUGCUCUAUCCCAGUAGAGUAAUACAUUCUUCUAUUGACCACCAGCUCUGUAGUGCUCUAUCCCAGUAGAGUAGUAAGUUCUUCUAUUGACCACAGGCUCUGUGGUGCUCUAUCCCAGUAGAGUAGUAAGUUAUUCUAUUGACCACAGGCUCUGUAGUGCUCAAUCCCAGUAGAGUAGUAAGUUCUUCUAAUGUCCACCGGCUCUGUAGUGCUCUAUCCCAGUUGCAUUAUAUUUCUAAUAGUCCUCCAUACACUUUUAUCAAUUAUAUAGGUUAUAUAAAUGAUAUACUGUAGAUGUGUUCCAAGCUGAUAGCAAGCCAUACUUCCCUCCCACUUUCUGCCAUAGGAUACACAGGUCGUAAGCUGUUUAUUUUAAUUAAACAUUUUUAUUUCAACUAUUUCAUACCCUAAAGUAAUAUGCAUACUUUUAGUUAUAUAUAUAUAUUUAUAUAUAUGUGUGUGUAUGUAUAGAUAUAUAUAUGUAUAGAUGUGUGUGUGUGUGUGUGUGUGUGUGUGUGUGUGUGUGUGUGUGUGUGUGUGUGUGUGUGUGUGUGUGUGUGUGUGUGUGUGUGUGUGUGUGUACAGUUGAAGUCGGAAGUUUACAUACACCUUAGCCAAAUACAUUUAAACUGUUUUUCACAAUUCUUGAUAUUUAAUCCUUGUAAAAUAUUCCUUAUUUUAGGUCAGUUAGGAUCACCACUUUAUUUUAAGAAUGUGAAAUGUCAGAAUAAUAGCAGAGAAAAUUAUUUAUUUCAGCUUUUAUUUCUUUCAUCACAUUCCCAGUGGGUCAGAAGUUUACAUACACUCAAUUAGUAUUUGGUAGCAUUGCCUUUAAAUUGUUUAACUUGGGUCAAACGUUUCGUGUAACCUUCCACAAGCUUCUCACAAUGAGUUGGGUGAAUUUUGGCCCGUUCAUCCUGACAGAGCUGGUGUAACUGAGUUAGGUUUGUAGGCCUCCUUGCUCGCACACGCUUUUUCAGUUCUGCCCACAAAUUUUCUUUGGUAUUGAGGUUAGGGCUUUGUGAUGGCCACUCCAAUACCUUGAUUUUGUUGUCCUUAAGGCAUUUUGCCACAACUUUGGAAGUAUGCUUGGCGUCAUUGUCCAUUUGGAAGGCCCAUUUGCGACCAAGCUUUAACUUCCUGACUGAUGUCUUGUUGCUUUAAUAUAUCCACAUAAUUUCCCUUCCUCAUGAUGCCAUAUAUUUUGUGAAGUACACCAGUCCCUCCUGCAGCAAAGCUCCCCCACAACAUGAUGCUGCCCCCCCCCCCCCCCCCCCCCAUAAACUUCUGACCCACUGGAAUUGUGAUACAGUGAAAUAAUCUGUCUGUAAACAAUUGAUGGAAAAAUUACUUGUCAUGCACGAAGUAGAUGUCCUAAUCGACUUGCUAAAAUUGUAAUUUGUUUACAAGAAAUGUGUGGAGUGGUUGAAAAACACAUUUUAAUGACUCCAACCUAAGUGUAUGUAAACAGUCAUUAAACUUGUUGUAGACCACCACAAGUCUGGUUCAUCCUAACUGACCUAAAACAGGGAAUUUUUACUAGGAUUAAAUGUCAGGAAUUGUUCAAAACUGAGUUUAAAUGUAUUUGGCGAAGGUGUAUGUAAACUUCCAACUUCAACUGUUGGUUUAUGUCAAAUGUUUUACUCUGGGAAUAUAUAGAAAUGCAGUGAAAGCUUUGUGAAUACAGUGGCUCAUUACUGGUAUACAGAUGACAAUUGAUUCACCUGGUGAAUGUCGUUAAUCUAAAGAUCAUUUUGAUUCACCUGCUGUGUGGGGACAAAGAUUAUUUCUUGGGUUACAUUUUCCAUCUAAAAGCUGUUAUUUUUUAUAAAUUCAUUUUGUUUGAAGCAAUAUUUCACUUCUAUUUCUGUAUUUCUCAUUUGAUUUCUAAUCUAAAAAUUGUAUAUGUGCUCCAAUCCACAAUUUGAUGUCUUCCUACUUCUGCCAGACGUGUGAAACCUAAUCAUUGGCAAAUGGGAGCCCUUGCCCUAACACGCUAAUCAAAUUAGAUUACAAAAUUAACUCAUAAAUUGCUUACUUAAAUUAAAGUUGUUUUCUUUCAUGAAGAUACCCCCUAGGAAAAUGUCCCUGUGAAUACUGAAUGCAAUUCCAAUGUAUAAAGCGGUUAGUUAAUUUGACACAAUCUGAUUGGUUAACUUGAAGAACUUGAACAGAGAUCCAUAUCCUUAUAAAGGACUCUCCAUGUCCAAUAAUAACAUGUCUGGUAAAUAAGCAUAUGAAGUUGCAGAUUGCAGCAUAUAUCACACAACUUUUAAUAUAUGAUAUUAGAUGUGAUUGUUAUGUAUGUUUUACUCACCGUAAUCUAAUAGCUAUGUAUGUGUUAAGUUAUUUUGUCUUAAUUUUGGGGUCAAAUAUGUUUUCCUUAUGUUAGCUGUGACCACUGUGAAGGGCUAAGCUGCUGUAUGUCUUAUUUAUGGCUAAAUGUACAGAGAUGCAGCCUUGAUUCUGUAGUGGACACAAUAUCUGCCAUUCCGUCAUGCAUCUUGAUUGUGAAAUCUCUUUAGUUUGAGAAAAAUGCGGACUAUUUUAGACGAUAAUUACUAACAUUUUGAGACAUCCAAGACCACAACAGCACAAUCUGUGCUUACUUAUCCUCCCUCACCCAACAGGUUUUCAAAGAAGCUUUGUGCUAACAUUUUCCCCUUAUUUCUGUUCGGUGAACAAUAAAGAAAAAUGUUUGUCAA